UCUGUCCCUAUUUCUGUUUUGGUUUAUUGUAGGUUUUUCACAAGAAGCUGUCAAACCCCCCCAAUGCCGGACUGUUCUUAAUGUGGAUCACGGUCCCCGAGGACAUGCCUAGUCAAGACUGUAAAUGACCUCUGACCUUAUGGGGAUCAAUACACUGUCACAACAGCUUUAUUAACUUCGAGGCAGCUCACGUAAUUCCCCAUUUUGUGAUCAAAUCAAACGGAUGUGUUAAAACUGGAAAAAACACAUUGAAAUGAGUCUUUUACAGAUUUCUGAUUUCGCAAGUUACACUUUGCUAACACAUAACACAAGCAGAAAAGUGUUGCCACAUAAGGACAUUUGGCCCUGGCUGAGCUCAUCAAAGGCUCACCUGACCAUCCAGGGGUGUGGUUCCACAGAAGCUCUAUAAAUAAACGCAUGUCAAGAAUUUCAUUCAUAAGAUAGACAAGCCCCAGCCGCAGCAUUCUCCAACCAAACCUACCUGUCGGGCUAACUAUGUUCAGAUCACGCGCCCUUCACCAACUCACCUCCUGCUCGCUGCUGCUCCUCCUCGUCUCCCUCUCCGGCUCAGGGGAGAGCCGGCCUCAGGCGGCCCGCGGAGGCUCACCCGACGAGGGCAGAACGCACAGCCAGAGGGCCCUGCUUCUGGAGGCGGUGAAGACCGGGAUCCUGGGCUCGUUGGGUAUGGACAGGGAGCCCAGGCCCACCCGAAAGGCCUCGGAGGAAGAGCUCAGGGGGAUGUAUCAGCUCUACAGGGAGAAAGUGAGGGAGAUGAGAGGAAAUUCCAGCCAGCUGAUGAAGGAAAGCCAGCAAUCAACCGUGUCCACUGUGCUCUUUCCAGCGACAGUGGAGCGGAUAAAAGGGGUCCGGAGGGGAGAACGCCCACAUCCACCCCCAGGUCCUCGCACGCAGUGGUACAGAGCGGUUUUCCACAAAACCCCCAACAUCCACACUGAACUGACACUGACUCGGGCUGAGCUGAAGAUUUCCAGGCAGAUCUUGGAGAAACCCACUUCAGCUCAACCUGAGACGAGAGCAGAGAUCCAGGUCAGGGUCAACGGGAGGACGCGGAGGAGCUCCGCUGCGUGGAGAUACGCACACUCUCCGACACGUGACAACGUGUCGCGCACACAAGAUCUGAUGCUGGACAUCCGCCCUGAGGUGGUUCGGUGGUUCGGGGCGGAUGUCGGAGAGGCACUAGUCGUGGUCGUGGGGAUAGCCGUGGCCGUAAAAGAUGCCCUCGGGGCGAACCCAACUCUUUCACUUGAACUGGGCCUCGCGCAGCCCAAACCGGCCCGGAAAACGAGGCUGCCCCGCUCCAACAAGGAAGACGUCUGCAGUGAACAAGGGUGGUGCUGCCGGAAGUCCGUCACCGUGUCCUUCAAAGACAUCGGCUGGACGGAUUGGGUGGUGGCCCCGGCUGAAUACACCAUGCACUUCUGUGACGGCACCUGCCCCCACAACUACAAGCCUGCGAGCAUGCACGCGCAGGUGAAGUCCCGGUUGCAUCAGAUUACCAAAGGAGGGUCACCUCGCCCCUGCUGCGUGCCGGCGGCCUACGAGCCAAUGGUCCUAAUGCACUAUGACAGCAGGGGAAAGUUGAAGCUGACGCCUUUCGACGACCUGAUCGUCAGUAAAUGUCAUUGUGCCUGAAGAGCCAUGCGGUUCUUAAGUUAAACCUGAAAUGAGUGGCACGCCAUGGUUAACUAAAUAAUAAUUGCAAUAAUACACUUUAUUUUAAAGAAAAAUGUGUUACUGCCGCGGAAAGGCAUUGUUUUUUUUUCCAUUGUGGAUCAUUCAUGUUUGUAUUUAUUUCAAGUUUAUUUAUGGACCUAAACUUAUGUUGUGUUUUAUUUCUGUCUUUGUUUCAUGUUACUGUAUAUUCUAGUACUAUUUAACUUGAUUGUCAUUUUUUAUUAUUUGAAGUACUGUUUUUUUUGAGGCACAGGGUUUUGAUAUUAAGUUUGUUGUCUUAUACAUUUCAAUAUUGAUAUGAAAAUAUUAGUAAAUAUUUUGAUAUAUUCACACUAAACUGCUGCACUUGAAUAAAUAAACUUUUAGAUUUCAUAAUAAACACAUGAUUA